AUGUCGUGGACCAACCUCCCAACUGAGCUGCGAAACCAGGUUCUCAACUACAUAGUUGAGGAUCACAUGGCUUCAAGAAAGCAAAAGAUUAUUUCUAAGGUUGCUCCAUAUACCAGUGUCUCUCGCGAGUGGCAGAGCCUCUUCUAA